CUGCAAGAGAGGAAAGAACCCUCCUGCUUUCUUUUCUUCCCCCUUCCACUCUGUUACCGGGUAACGGUUUCCAUGGCAACCUCCAGGUCAACAACACCGAGCCCCCUAGAAGAGUGCAGCCACAGCUAGAACUAUAGGAGCGGGGCGAGGGAGCAGCGGAGGCCGGGCGACGUCUGAGCUAGAGAGGGCACGAGGGAAGGGGAAGGGGGCUCACUCAAGGAGGGCAUAGGGGAAGAAAGAUAGCAGGGAAGGGAGGCGGGGGAGAAACUGACGGAGGCCACAAUAAGGGGGAACAGAAGCGGGUCGGAGUGCCGAGAAACUUGGAGGAGAGGGGGGUGUGCGGAGUCAUUUGGUGGCGAUGGAUUCCCUGUGCCCUCCCGAGAGCAUUUAUAACCUCAUACCCUCCGACCCGAAGAUCCCUCCCAAGCCUUCUAGGUAUGUAUCCAUAUUUAAGACAACUGUGAAAAAUGAGUUACAAAAAGGAAAAGCUGCGUGGAAAACCAUGGGACCGGCAAAAGUUGAUGUGCCUUCCCCAAAAGACUUUCUCCAGAAACGUCCAAAGGCACCAAAGCCACCUCCCAGUGACAAAAAGCUUGAUAAGAAUGAAGUAAGAAAACCUCCUGUCCCACUGAGGAGUGAUCAUCCAGUUAUGGGAAUUCAGAGUGGAAAAAACUUUAUAAACACAAAUGCAGCUGAUGUUAUUAUGGGGGUGGCCAAGAAGCCCAAACCCAUUUAUGUUGACAGAAGGACUGGAGACAAACAUGGCCUGGAACUUUCAGGACUUGUUCCAAAAUACAUCAAUAAAAAGGAUUAUGGCGUUAUUCCUGAAUAUAUAUGUAAGCGAAAUGAGGAAGUUAAAAAAAUACAAGAAGAAUACGAUAACUAUGUGCAGGCGAAUCUGAAGAAGGCAGCCAUGAAACGUCUCUCUGAUGAGGAGAGAGAUGCUGUUCUUCAGGGCCUGAAAAAGAACUGGGAAGAGGUGCAUAAGGAAUUCCAGUCCCUUUCUGUAUUUAUCGACUCCCUACCCAAGAAGAUCCGCAAGCAAAGACUGGAAGCAGAGAUGAAACAACUGGAACAUGACAUUGGUGUAAUCGAAAAGCAUAAAGUCAUCUAUAUUGCCAAUAAGUAAUGAAAAAUUGGUAGAUUAUAAUCAUUUUAAGUCACAACAGUACAAGGUAGAAAAAUAAAAUGAAAUUAUAACAUGCUAUUCAAAGGAAGAAAAAUAGUACUAAGAGAACAAAGCAGUAGACUUAAAAUUAAUACAUUCUUAAGUAAUGUAUAAAGAAUAAUGUGAAUUGCUCACUUUUAUGAGAUUUUUUUUUACCAGUGUAAAGAUUUCCAAGUAUGAACAAAUUAAAUUUUAAUGUUCUUUUUA